GCGUUUCUCUUCCCCUACGUCCUAAUGCUGAUCUUUGUGGGGCUGCCACUCUUCUUUUUGGAGUUUGCCUUCGGCCAGUUUGCCAGCCUCGGCCCUAUUUCCAUCUGGAAUGUCAGUCCGCUCUUCAAGGCUAUCAAGUUACGUCAAGAAGACUUGGUUUGGAAGGCUAACUCGGUCCUCUCCGGACGCAGAGUCAGGCUGCUACAAGGGCUCCUUCCGAGUUUGGCCCCUUGGUUCGGUGAACGAAUCUACUCCAUCAUGUGCGGAACAGGCGUCCGCAGGCGUCGGGUUGUCCUGGCUUUGUCUUGUCAUGGGGCCCAGGUGGAUAAUAAGGAGGGUGCAGUAGAUGCUACGCAAGCCGACAGCGGUUCCAGACUAGGCUUGACCGGGUUGGUUGAGAAUAAUACCCAAACUCUCGCUGCUGGGAAGGUUCGUGACACGGCUUAG